UGUUGAAAGAGAGCCAGAAUGCCGUGUUCUUCUUCGAAGAAGAUAUCAAAUUGCGGAGCAUCCAAAGAUUGAAGAGGGAGAAGUACUUGUGAGUGCGAGGGAGAACAUCAGAGAGUAAUAUGAAGUAUGUAUAGUGAUAUGUAUGUCAGUUUGCAAGUGUAGUGUGACCGCGGGAGAGCUGUGAAUGUACGGGGUGCGAUUGAAUAUUAAUUGGAGAUUCGCGCGAAUGUUUUUACUCGUGUGACGGGAAGGGGUGAUGGAUGGGUCAGUCAGGCAGUGCAUUGAGUAUCUUUAAGCGCCGCGAUCAGAAUGAAAUACCACGUCAAAGUUGUGCUAACUCUUACCACUUGUAUAUAAGCUAAGUAUCAAUGGACGCGGCCAUGUUUUCUGGUAGCAGAAAUCUUGAACUUUAUUAACAAAAUAAUACCGGUGAGAUUGGACUCGGGCCCGAAAUUGACGUGAGCGGAGCCUGUGGACAUAAUGCCGGGAUGCGAUGUAAAGACAAGAUAUCUGCCAGCCACCUUUGCGUGGACUCUUCUUCUAAGCACUACGACCCUAUUUUUUUAUUACCCGUGCCAAUACUAUCUUUCCAAAUACCCAUGGGUUCCAGCUCUUCAAGGAGUUAUUGUCUUCUUUGUAUUAGCCAACUUUACCCUGGCUACUUUUAUGGACCCAGGUGUCAUUCCAAAAGCACCACCAGAUGAAGAUAGAGAAGAAGAAUUUAGAGCACCAUUAUUUAAGAAUGUAGAAAUAAAUGGGAUUACUAUUCGAAUGAAGUGGUGUGUUACUUGUAAAUUUUACAGACCUCCUAGAUGUUCACAUUGCAGUGUUUGUGAUCAUUGCAUUGAGACAUUUGAUCAUCAUUGUCCAUGGGUAAACAACUGUAUUGGACGAAGGAAUUAUAGAUUUUUCUUUUUUUUUCUAUUAUCAUUAAGUUUCCAUAUGCUCAGUAUAUUUGGACUCUGUUUAAAUUUUGUUUUGGAGCAUAAACAAAAGUUAGGAGGAGUAGACACGACAGUGGCUAUGGUGCUUAUGGGCGUGGUAACACUACUAUUCAUUCCGAUUAUCGGAUUGACAGGUUUCCACGUGGUGCUCGUGUCAAGAGGACGGACGACAAAUGAACAAGUUACCGGGAAAUUUCAAAAUGGUUACAAUCCAUUUUCGCGUGGUUGUUUCCAUAAUUGCUGUUACACACAUUUUGGACCACAAUAUCCUAGUUUAAUCAAGCCUGAAAAGUAUUCAGGAAAGCGACGAGGAGCUUGCACGUCUGAGAUUUCGACAAUAGGAAGCGAGAACCAGGUAAAAACCUACAUGGAUAGCAGCAAUGGUGUUAGAAAUACCAGUUCAAAUGCUUACAAUAAGUUGUCACCUGGCCGAGAUGGAUCGGACACUGACAUGGAGCCAACGGCUUCGCAAUCAGCAGACUGUGAACCAACACCUCCACUGCAAAGACAUGGAUCAAAAAGUAAUUUCUUCCUGCCACCUGUGGAGACAAGUGAUUCUCCCAGGCAUCCACAGCCACAACAUCGUCAUCCCAUGCAUUAUCCACGUGGAAGUCCACAUCCCAGGUCAAGGGGAAUGAAUGGUUCGCGUAGCCAUACUCCGGACGCACUGUCGCCGGAAGAGACCGGAUCACCAGCUAGUGAGACGCAAAGGGGUCGGGGUCGGGGUCGGGCUCAAGGUGGCGCAAGUCCGACCAUGCAGCAACGUAUCAAAGCUAUUGGCGUACCCACGCCUCUUGCUAUUUCCAGUCCAAUUCGCAGAUCAAACCCUGGUACACCAACGCAAAUACGUCGUCCAGACUUUAUUGGUGUUGCUGAUGCACCUACGUAUUAUGAUGUGCAACAUCAUAACAACAGUAAUCCAGUAGGAGUGCCAGGUUACAGUCCUCAACGACGCUUCCUGUCUGAAAGUGAACUUAUUCGACAAGACAAUGAACAUCCUUAUUCACGUACGAAUAAUACUGUUGAUAAUAUUAGAGAGUUAGCGGGUUCACCGCAACGUGGUGUUUAUAUGUGGAAAGAUAAUUCACCGAGUGGUUAUCCAGGACCACCAGGAACUGUAGGCAUUCCUACUCAUUCUUCGGGAUUAUCUCAACGUCCACCACCUCCUUAUGAUUAUUAUUGUUCAAAUCCAACUAGUCCAACACAACAGCCUUACACAAAUGCUCCGAGAGCUGCUUAUCAUCCAGCUAAUAGAGGUGGAGUUCCUGUUUUUCCACCUCACCAGUCGCCUCAAGUUAAAAGAAAAGCAACAACAAUGGCAACUCCAACUACACCAACAUCCAAUGAUAAUCGAAGACGUCCAAUGUCUUUCGUACGGGCUCUUGAGAUGACUGAUUCGAUGGAGAUGGUUUCUGCAUCAAAUGACUCAAGAUCUCAAAGACCAACGACUCCAACACCGGAUCGUGCCAGCGUUUAUGAUAUGAACUAUGAAAUAUCGGUAUAGCCCAGCUUUAAAGUCUCCGCAACCAAUAGUUGCUCGGGGAUUGUGAAUUUAACAGCGGGUAUUUUUAAUACUGCAAAAUAUAAAAGCAGUCAAGAAGUGUCAGUUUAAACAUCAAAAUUAAAUGAAAAAUGAAUGUAGGUCUUAAAUGUGAGACAAAUGUCAAAGGUGCACGCGAGUGAUUUCCGACCAAGUGUUCACAAUCAUGAACAUUAUUGCCACUGUCGGCUCGCGUUGAUAAAAUCUUCCCUUUCCCUCCACUAUAUACAAAUUUUUGUCUCCAUAAAUUACUAAUUUCACUGCAUUACAAUCGAUUAUAAUGUAUGAAAAAUGUGAUUGAAGUUUAUUAUUCCGAUCUUUAUCUAUUUAAUUAGGAGGGAAUUUUGAAUAUAAGGUAGAUUAACGUCAAGUUUUACAUAAAAACUGGCUUUUCAUAUGAAUUUACAAGGACAAUGUAACAUUAUUAAAUAGCCAGUCUAUUUUUUCUCGUUUUAAUAAUUAAUAUCAAAUUGUGAAAUCAUAUUUUACGUGAUAAAAGAGCAGAGUGACACUUAUUACUGUUAAUAGUGAGAAACGUAAGAUCUUUCACACCAGUAUAAGGACGAUAAAUAGAAUUAUUAAUAAUUGUAAAAUAUCAUCAGAGCGGAUGCAUUUCUUUGCUCUAUUAGAUUGCUCUUUCUCUUAUGUUAUAAGUGCACUUACUCUUUUAUCUAUUUAUCUAUCUAUCUAUCUAUUAUCAUCAUCAUCAUUAUCAUCAUCAUCCUGCAUGGCAAAAACUCACUCGUUUUUAGUACUUGUUAAGGUCAGUUUAGAUUUUUAUACAAUGUCACCGUGACUUAAUUCCACACGCGGCUUACAUCGAUUGAUUUUUUGUUCUGUUUUUGACAUAAAUUUUUUGUUUCAAUCGGAAAUUAUUGUGUUGUGAAUGAAUUGUAAAUGUAUUAUAUAUUUAAAACAGCUGAAUAGGGAGAGAAAAAGAAGAUUUUACUCAUUAAUUAAUAAUUAUGAAUAAUUAAUAAAACAAAAACGGAUAAUAAUGUCGUGUUGAUAAAAAAAAAGUUUGUGUCCAUUAAAUGAGGUUACUUAACUAAUUUAAGUCAUUAUCGAGGCUAGAUUAACAAAUUUCGUGUAAAAUAAUUAUCAAGUGUGUAGUGAAAAAUUUCUAACAAUAUAUUUAACAAUAUUUAUACAUAAAAAAACAAAAAUAAUAAUAGAAAUUUAUAAUUUUGAGCAUUUGUUAAUUUGUUAAUGAACGAUAAUUACGCUGAUGUGUCCAUUACCACACACUUUUAUUUUAAAUACAUUAUUAAUAUAGAUAGAUUAUAUAUAUACAUACUACAAUAUAUAUAUAUUUUUUUCAUUUUUUUCUGUGUAGAUUGUUUAUCAAAAAUAACAAUCAACAGCAAAUGUAUGGCAAGAUUUGAGUGCAAUUGUAUGUUGAAGUAAGAAAAAAAGUGUGUGAAUGUAUGAAUGAAAGUGACACAAGUUAUUCAAUUAUAUGAAAGUACAUGUAAAAAAGCGACAAUUAAAAUCUCUUUGAAGAAUAAGAUCAGCUGAUCUUAAAGAACAAACAAAAACUGAAAACUUUGUUACAAACAAAAUAAGAAAUAUUGUAAUAUAUACAUUGCAUAAAUUAAUUGCUAAAUGAA